AUGACAUCGGCGGAAAAGUCUGCAACGGGCGAUGUUUACGAUCCUAGCACGCUUCCGGAUUUUGACCGCCAGUUUAUUGACCCUGAUGACCUGCGGCAGUUCGAGAACGCGUUGAACGGAAACGAGGCGGACCCCCCUAGUGGCUCUCAACGAUUGGCGUCCCAUCUACCAACGGGUCCGGAAAAGCAGAAGCCGGCGAACAAAACCUAG